UUAAUUAAUUUAAUGUUGAUUAAAGUUUUGAUUUAGUUUUAAAGUAUAAAAGAACUUGUGUUCUUUGGUUAAGAUAUUCAGUUCGUUAGUUCUGCCAUUCAAUACAGACCUCCUUUGACAUCAACAACAACAAAACCAAAACCAAACAAAAUGUUCAAAUUGGUGGUAUUGUCUGCUCUCCUUGCCGUAGCUGCUGCUCGUCCAGGUCUCUUACAUUCAUCCCCAGUGGUUUAUUCAUCCCCUCUUGUGCACCAACAUGGUCUGGCUAGUGUUGGAACGAUUGUGAAGAGUAUCCCAACUGCUGUAUCUCACCAGAGCUCCUCUGUUGUGCAUGGUUCAGCUCACGUUGUGCAACCAAUUGUUGCUCCAGUUUUGAAGACAUAUUCAGCUCCAGUUUUGCACACAUCCUACUCAUCUCCAAUUGUUAGCUCUCCAUUGGCUUAUUCUGCCCCACAUUUAUCCUAUGCUCAUGCAUCACCAAUUCAUUAUGCAUCUCCUUAUGGAUACACCUCAGGCGGAUGGUAGGUGUUCUAAUUUUGAAGAAUCGAACGGUUUCAGGACGGAAAAUAUACGCAAAUUCUAAACAACAAUGUAAAUAAUUCUUAAAUAAAUAAAAACAAAAAUUAUCCAUAUAAAUAGAA